AUGGAAGCCCUAUCCCUUCUUCCCAUAAACACUCUCACAAAUAACCCCAUUUCUUUGAGUGCUUCUUCUAAUUAUGCUUCACUCUCUUCUUCCCUACAACCCAAUACUUUUUCCACAACUAGAACUCUCGCUUUGAGGAAGAGCGUCGUUCGAGUUCAAGUCGAGAGUGAGGAUUAUGAAUUGAAGCAAAUGAGGGACAUGGCUGCUGCCAGAAAGAGAUGGGAGGCUCUGAUCAGAGAUGGAAAAGUUAAAGUUCUUUCCCCAAGGGAAGCUGGGUACGCAGUUCAGCUUUCAGGCAAGCCCCUUCUUGAUGUCCGUCCCUCAAAUGAAUACAAAAAGGCAUGGGUGAGAGCUUCAACCUGGAUUCCAAUAUUUGAUGUUGAUAAUAAACUAGAUUUUGGAACCGUUCCCAGAAAAGUCACAAAUUUUGUUAUGGGAGGUUGGUGGAGUGGCAUGCCUACACUGUCUUAUGACAGCCAGUUCUUGGCCAAAGUUGGAGAAAAGUUCCCCAAAGAUUCUGAAUUGAUUGUUGCAUGCCAGAAGGGACUGAGAUCACUUGCUGCUUGUGAACUACUGUAUAAUGCUGGCUAUAAAAAUCUGUUUUGGGUUCAAGGUGGAUUUGAAGCUGCUGAAGAAGAGGAUCUCAUUGUAGAGGGCCCAGCGCCUCUCAAAUUUGCUGGAAUUGGUGGCGUGUCAGAAUUCCUUGGUUGGACUGAUCAACAAAGAGCAGCUGCAGCCAAGGAAGGUUGGGGAUAUAGAUUAGUGUUUUCUGCACGUCUGAUCGGAGUCUUUCUUGUUGCCGACGCCCUAUAUAUUGGUGCUCAGCAAAUUGGAAACUAUCUUCAUGAUAUCAGGACACAUUGA